GCUUCAGAGGCUGGACAGAGCACAGAAUCCAGUAUAUAGCUUUAAGGAUGUGUAUUGGUGCAUUUAAGCCGUCGUUGUAAAAUAAGACUAACCGAUUUGCCUAGCUAAAUAAAGGUUAAAUAAAAAAUAUUUUUAAAAUGAUCAACAUCUGUAUGUGCCUUGCUAGUGGAGGCAGGUGAAAUACCUUUGGAAAUACGGCAUAAAAACCCAAUAAGCAUUUUCUUAAGUUGAAAGGCUGCCAUUGAACAUUGAGUUUGACAUGUCAACAGGUUGAUGUAGUUUUGACAUUAAUGUAUAUUAGCUACUUUAAUCACAAUAUGAUUUCUGAAGAUGAGUUGAGUUUACCUUAAGGGGCAUUCACCUAGAUUUAGCAAUUUGCAGCUAUGGAGAAGAGGCAAUACCAAUAGCAGUAUCAAUUUUCAAAGCCUGUGACUUGCUUCGCCAAAGCAAGUCAUAUUUGGGCUCCCGAGUGGCGCAGCAGUCUAAGGCACGGCAUCUCAAUGCUAGAGGCGUCACUACAGACACCCUGGUUCAAAUCCAGGCUGUAUCACAAUUGGGAGUGCUGUAGGGCAGUGCACAAUUGGCCUAUUGUCGUCUGGGUUUGGCCAGUGUAGGCUGUCAUUGUAACUAAGAAUUUGUUCUAAAUGACUUGCCUUGUUAAAUAAAAAAACAUAUUCAGCAGAAACAGGUACAGAACCACAUAAAUAUAGUCUGAUUUGUAUAAAAUAAUUGUCUGAAGUUGUCAUGUGUUCUGACUUCCAGCUCUAUGUGAGCCAGGUGGAGGCUUAUCUACAGAUGUGUGACUUCCAGUCUACAGCCAUCAGCUGCAGACAUGCCUGCCUCCUGGAGCCUCAGGAUAAGGCCAUCCACAAACCUCUGGCCUGCUGUGAUCUUUUUAGAACAGUCUGGGAAAACAUUCAGACAUAAUGAUCAUCCCUACACAGUCAAGCACGCACCCAGCACUAUUGAAAUACCUCUUGCUUUCACUUGAAAAAACGUUGUAAAAAUCUGAUAGCACCCCUUUUAUAUAUCUCAUCUGAAAACUGUUGUAAUUGUCUUGUUUAGAGAAAUUAGAUAAUAUUGAGUUUUGUCCACUCCACAGGGGAUGUUCCUGGAUGCUCUGGAGUUGUUUGCCAAGGCCUUGCUGCUGGUCAUAUCACAUGAGGAGGGGUAUUCUGUACUGCAGGCUGAAAGACUUCACUUCUGUCAUUGAGGACCUGGUCCUGGCUGUGGAGCUGAGUGAGGCUUGAGUCCAGGGGGCGGAGCCGAGCGGACACACCCAGGAAAAACUGAGGGCCGUGCAGGAGGAGGCCCAGGCCCAGCUGGUGCUCACCUAUAACGACUUUGCCGUGCCGUGCUUCUUCCCAUAACUUCUACGCCGAGGAAGCCAUGCUGCUCAGCAAGGCCGUCCGGGAGCAGAAGGAGGAAAGCGGCCUCCACAUUAACAGAGGAGCAGGACGAGUGGGAGUUUGCCCUGGCUGACUACCAGCAGGCGGAGGAGAUGUCUCCUGAUGACCAGGCCAUCUGGAUCCGCCUCGCUGUCAUCCUCAACACCCUGGGCACACACUGCUACCAGGACUGUCUGUUCCCAGGCUGCUCAGUGUCAGAUGUGCUGUCCAGUGAGACGGCCAGAAUGGUUAAAGCCCAGCUGAUGGACAACAUCCAGGCCUGCAUCCUCCGUGCUAAAGUUUGAAUCUGCAGUGGGCUUGACAAGAUGACCCUGUCACAUGACACAGACACCCAGUCUGACAGCCAAUCCUCAGAGGAACAGUCUGACCAGAUGGCGGAGCCGCUUAAAGUCUGUGUGGCACCGCAGUACGUGUACAAGCAGAUCGUCAGGAUCAACCAGCAGCACCACCACCACCACACCACCCACUCUGACCCGGCAUCACACAGCUCGGCGGCCCCUGGACUGCAGCUAGGAUGAGGAUCUGGUCGUGGGAACAAUGUGGGGAGACCAGCCUGGUGCUACUGGGGUUUCUCACCCUGGCUCUGUCUGUAGGGAACCUCUCAACCAGGGGACAGAAGGAAGGGGCAGCCUCCAACAGUCUGGAGGACGAGCUGGAGUCCACCACAUACUGGUGGGGGGAGUGGGCCAAGUGGACCGCCUGCACACGCACCUGCGGAGGGGGGGUCAUGUCCCAGGAGAGGCACUGUCUCAAACAGAGAAAGAAAGCAGCCGCUGCUAGAGACAACAUGACCUGCACUGGCACUUCGAAGAAAUACCUCCUCUGUAACACCAAGGACUGCCCUUCCUCUGGGAGAAGCUUCAGGGAAGAACAGUGCUGGUCGUUCAACUCACAGGUCUACAAUGGCAGGAACUACCACUGGAAACCCCUGUAUCCGGAUGACUAUGUCCAUAUCUCCAGUAACCCAUGUGACCUGCACUGCACCACGGCCGACGGCCAGAGACAGCUGAUGGUUCCCGCUCGGGACGGAACGUCCUGCAAGUACAGCAACUACAGAGGGGUCUGUGUGGACGGCAGAUGUGAGCCAAUCGGGUGUGAUGGAGUACUUUUCUCGCCCAACAUGCUGGAUAAGUGUGGUGUGUGUCAGGGGGAUGGCAGCAGCUGCAGCAGGGUCAAUGGAAAUUUCCGCCGCGGGGCCACCACUUUGGGUUACUCCUUCAUCACAUCAAUCCCUGAGGGCUCCUGGGACAUUCAGAUCAUUGAGAGGAAGAAAUCAGCUGAUGUUUUGGCUGUGACCGAUCAGGCGGGGAACUUCUUCUUCAAUGGGAACUACAAGGUGGACAGCCCCCAGAACUUCCAUGCGGCGGGGACCGUCUUCAAAUACCGGCGGCCCAUGGAUGUGUAUGAGACGGGGAUCGAGUACAUUGUAGCCAAAGGGCCCAUCGACCAGGCCAUCAAUGUUCUGGUGUGGAACCAGAAUGGUCGUAUCCCUUACAUCACGUACGAGUACACCGUCCUGAGAGAGUCCCUGUCCCCCGUCCCUCAACCUCCCGUCUACACUGGCCCCGACAGCACCGCCCCAGGGGUUUCCGUGGAGAUGGGCAGUAUGGUGGCCCCCAACGGGAGCACGUAUGACAAGGUGGCCCCUGAGACCCAGAGGAACCAGGUGCUGAAACAGGGGGCCAAGGCGGCAGGGGCCGAGGGCCAGAAAGGCCAGGAGACCAACGAGGUGUAUGAGGAGACAGGAGCCAUCGACUGUCACCAGGACAGCCCAACCCCACCACAAUACACAGACGGCAACAGCAGUCACACAGGUAGUGUAGCAGUCCCUGCCCCGGCAGCCAGCAGGCCUUUAGAGGAGGGGCCAGACUCAGAGAACCUCAUCUGGAGAGUCUUGCUGGGCGAGCAGAUUGGUCCAGAUGAGCUGCUCACUAACAUCUCAACCAAUCAGCUCCUGACGAAGGGAGAGGGAGUGUUCUCGUUGGAGGUGGACUAUAGCAGUGUGGAGCAGGGAGGCCUGUUCCCCCUCAACAGCUCUCUGGGGGAGUUCAGUCUGGGCCCACGGAGGAAUGAUACUGGAGACCUGCUGUUCCCCAACAGGACGCUGCUGACGGGGAUGAGGAGCAACAAUCGCACCAACAGAACCAGAACUAAUCAGAGGUUCCUGCAGAAGAACUUGAAGCUGAGCCCUGCAGACAUGUACCGCUGGAAACUGUCUUCUCAGGAACCCUGCUCCUCCACCUGCUCUAUAGGAGUAUCAAAGUCCUUUGCCAUGUGUGUUCGCUACGACGGCGCUGAGGUGAAUGACAUGCACUGUGACACUAUGACCCGACCUGAGCCUGUUCAUGACUUCUGCAUUGGGAGGGAGUGUCAGCCCAGGUGGGAGGCGAGCAGCUGGAGUGAGUGUUCUCGUACCUGUGGUGAGGGCUUCCAGUUCCGUCUGGUGCGCUGCUGGAAGAUGCUGUCCCCCGGUCUGGACAGCUCUGUGUACAGUGACCUCUGCACCCUGGCAGAGCUGGAGAGGCCCCUGGAGCGCCGCGCCUGUAAGAGCCCAACCUGUGGCCCCCAAUGGGAGGUGGCCGAGUGGACUGAGUGUCCAGCGAAGUGUGGCCGCAGGGCCCAGGUGACCCGGGAGGUCAGGUGUUCAGAUGAAACCAAGUCAUGUGAUCCCCUGACCCGCCCCCUUAACACCAAGAACUGCACAGGCCCGCCCUGCGAGCGCCAGUGGACUGUGUCAGAGUGGGGGCCGUGCUCUGGGUCGUGUGGCCAGGGGAAGAUGGUACGUCACGUGUACUGUAAGACACCAGAGGGCCGUGUGGUGCCUGAAUCCCAGUGCUCUCCGGAGAAUAAGCCCCUGGCCAUCCAUCCCUGUGGGGAGAAGGACUGUGCCCCACACUGGCUCACUCAGGACUGGGAGAGUUGUAACACGACAUGUGGCCGCGGUGUGAAGUGGAGAAUUGUGCAGUGCGCCGGCAUCACUGCUGGGAAGUUCCAGACCCACGACGACGAGGCUUGUGGUGCCAGUAAGAGGCCAGAAGACGAGAACACCUGCUUCGAGAGGCCCUGUUUCAAGUGGUACACCACGCCCUGGUCUGAGUGCACUAAGACAUGUGGUGUGGGUGUCCGGAUGAGAGACGUGAAGUGCUACCAGGGCAGGGAGAUCGUGAGAGGUUGUGACCCCCUGACCAAGCCUGUGGCCAAGCAGACCUGUGCCCUGCAACCUUGUCCCACUGAACCCCCAGAUGAGAGCUGUCAGGACCGUCCCACCACCAACUGCUCUCUGGCUCUGAAGGUGAACCUGUGCAGUCACUGGUACUACAGCAAGGCCUGCUGCCACUCCUGCAGGGCCCAGCACGCCUCUUAGUAUUGCCUAACACCUACAAAACCUUACCCUGCAGCUCUCCAACCCCCAAUCCCUACCCCCUACUUCCAGCAGACCCCCACAAGCCCCUUACCUCCAACCACUGCAAACCCAUACCCGCAACCCACUUACUUCCAGCCAAAGAGCCCUCUACCCCAGACUACUAGUCGACAAACUACCCCCCAGUAGGUUACUCUAUUACUCUCCAGUAGGUUACUCUAUUACCCUCCAGUAGGUUACUCUAUUACCCUCCAGUAGGUUACUCUAUUACCCCCCAGUAGGUUACUCUAUUACCCUCCAGUAGGUUACUCUACUACCCCCCAGUAUGUUACUCUAUUAACCCAGUAUGUUACUCUACUACCCCCAGUAGGUUACUCUACUACCCCCAGUAGGUUAGUCUAUUACCCUCCCGUAGGUUACUAUAUUACCCCCCAGUAGGUUACUCUAUUACCCCCCCAGUAGGUUACUCUAUUACCCCCCAGUAGGUUACUCUAUUACCCCCCAGUAGGUUACUCUAUUACCCUCCAGUAGGUUACUCUACUACCCCCCGUAGGUUACUCUACUACCCCCCCAGUAGGUUACUCUACUACCCCCCCCAGUUGGUUACUCUAUUACCCCCAGUAUGUUACUCUACUACCCCCCAGUAGGUUACUCUACUACCCCCCAGUAGGUUACUCUACUACCCCAGUAUGUUACUCUACUACCCCGCCAGUAGGUUACUAUAUUACCCCCCAGUAGGUUACUCUAUUACCCCCUGUAUGUUACUCUACUACCCCCCAGUAGGUUACUCUACUACCCCCCAGUAGGUUACUCUACUA